GUCAAUUCCAGAGGCUCUUCUUCAACCCCUCUCUCUCUCCCUCACAGACUCAGAUCUCUCUGAACCAAAACCAUUUCUCAGAGAUCGAAACUCUAACGAACCUCAGUCACGCUCUCGAUAAUUCCUCACCGUGGCUUCCUCAGGGUCGCAGGGCCUGUCUCGAAGAAAACCUCCUCCUUCUUCUGCUUCGCCGUCGGGGACUUCUACAUCGGGAGCGGCUCGGAUCGUGUACAGGGAGUCGAGAAAGUCGUUGCAGGCCGAUUUACCUUUCUAUCAGCAGAACUGGUUCAUAGGGUUGCUCUUCGUCAUGGCUCUCGGAUUCUUCGCUCUCGCUUUAUUCCUCUUCCUCGGCCUCGAUCCCGACUACGGCUACUCUUCCCCCGCCUCCGCCGCUGCUUCCUCUGAAGGCGUCGAGAUUACUUAUGGGGCAGUUCUUAAGCUGAUGCACGAGAAGACCAAAUUUCGGUUGCACUCCCAUGAUGUACCAUAUGGUUCUGGUAGUGGACAACAAUCAGUUACUGGGUUUCCUAACGUUGAUGAUGCCAAUAGCUACUGGAUUGUUAGACCUCAGCCAGGAACAGCUUCCAAACAAGGUGACGCCAUUAAAAGUGGGACAAUCAUCAAGUUGCAACAUAUGAGGACUAGGAAAUGGCUGCACAGCCAUUUGCAUGCAUCUCCAAUAACAGGCAACCUAGAGGUGAGCUGCUUCGGGGGAGAGACUGAAACCGACACUGGGGAUUAUUGGAGGCUGCUGAUUGAAGGGAGCGGGAAGACUUGGAAGCAAGAUCAAAGGAUUCGGCUUCAACACGUGGACACUGGCGGCUACCUGCAUAGUCAUGACAAGAAAUACCAACGCAUUGCCGGAGGGCAGCAGGAGGUUUGCGGUGUCCGAGAAAAACGUGCUGACAAUGUUUGGUUGGCAGCUGAAGGCGUGUAUCUCCCUAUUACAGAAAGCAAGUAGAAUUUUAGUCUCUUCGCUAAGCAUUAUUAAUUUGUGAAAUCAGGUACAUGGGUUUUGGAUUUUUUUGUGGCUGGUACCUGUUCUCAUAAUAGCUGUAGAUGUUCACUAAAUGAAAGAUGUAUGUGUCUUAAUAUUACAACGUUCAUCUGACAAUUGUUAUACUAUUACGCAUUUUUGUGCGGGCUUUUAUACCUGCCAAAGAUACUCGCUUUAACCUUU